CGCCCUGCGCCCCUGCUGUCGGGCCACCUCCACCUCACACCAGACGCGACGUCGCGGCCGUGCCACUCGCGCGCGCGCCGAUGCCGCCGCCGUCUUCCUCGCUCUACUCCCCCGGCCGGCUCCUCCCGGCCCGCCCGGCGUCCGCGGCCACGGUGGGGAGAUGGGCGCGCGCGUCGUGCUCGCUGUCCAUGAACGGCUGCGCGCCGGGCGCCGGGGACCGCGGCGCGGUGUGCGUGCGCGAGGCGCGGGCGCUGCCGGCCGCGCCCGCGCCGCUGGACGCCGUGGGCCAGCUCAGGGCCGCCGUGGACGCGCUCGGGGCCGGCGCGCCGCCCGCCGCGCCCUCCGGCAUCAUCCGCAUCGAGGUGCCCAUCAGGCAGCGGGUGGACGCCGUCGAGUGGCUGCACGCGCAGACCGCACUGCCGCGCUGCUUCUUCUCGGCGCGGGCGCCGUUGCCCGACACGCCCGCCCUCGCCGGCGGCAAUGGCAACGGUGCCCUGAGCGGUCGGUGGAAGGAGCCGGUGAGCGUCGCGGGCGUGGGCUCGGCGGUCUUCUUCCGCGGGACCGAGCCCUUCUCCCUCGCUGAUUGGCGCGCAAUCAAGAGAUUUCUUUCAAAGGACUGUCCACUGAUUCGUGCAUAUGGCGCCAUCCGUUUCGACGCAACGAGCGAUGUUUCGGUUGAAUGGGAGGACUAUGGCUCAUUUUACUUCAUUGUUCCUCAAGUUGAGUUCAAUGAGCUUGAGGAGAGCUCGGUCCUUGCGACGACCAUCGCAUGGGACGAUUCACUAUCUUGGACAUGGCACAACGCUGUGGAUGAUCUCCAAUCAUUGUUGCAGAAGAUAUCACCUUGUUCUGUAGAAGUGAACACGUCCAGCCUGCACACAACCAUCAUGAGUCUAAAUCAUGUCCCAACCAAGGCAUCUUGGGAUCUUGCAGUUACUAAAGCUCUUCAGAUGAUCAAAGAGAAGGAAAGAGAGUUGGUAAAGGUUGUACUGGCAAGGUGUAGCAGAUACAUUACUGAUACUUGUAUAGAUCCUGUGGAACUGCUAGCUUGCUUGAAGGUCGAGGGCCAAAAUGCUUAUCAAUUCUGCAUACAGCCAUCAGAUGCUCCAGCGUUUGUUGGAAAUAGUCCAGAGCAACUAUUUCACCGGAAAUACUUGAACAUUUCCAGUGAGGCAUUAGCUGGUACUCGAGCAAGGGGAAAAACAAGGGCAGAUGACUUUCAAAUCGGUCAGGACUUGCUUCUAAGUGGCAAAGAGGAUAUUGAAUUUACUAUAGUGCGGGACAGCAUAAAGAAGAAGCUGGAGAUGAUAUGUGAUGAGGUGGUUGUCCAUCCCAGCAAGGCUCUUCGGAAACUUCCAAGAGUACAGCAUUUGUCAGCACAGUUAGCUGCGAGAAUAAGGAACGAAGAUGACGAGUUUGAGAUUCUAAAUACUCUUCAUCCAAGUCCAGCUGUUUGUGGUUUACCCACUGAAGAGGCACGCCAUUUUAUACGAGAUUACGAAAUUUUUGACCGUGGAAUGUAUGCUGGUCCCAUUGGUUGGUUUGGAGGAGCUGAAAGCGAGUUUGCUGUCGGGAUUAGGUCAGCGUUGCUUGGAAAAGGUCACAGCACUUUAGUGUACGCCGGUGCAGGGAUCGUUGAAGGUACAAAUCCAUCUUUUGAAUGGGAUGAACUUGAUCUCAAAGCAUCUCAGUUUGCAAAGUUGUUGCGGUACCAAGAACAACAUAUUUGCUACCAAGAAGCUGAAAAUAUGGGAACAGUGAUAUGAACAGAGAAGUAGUAACUAGUAAGUCAUCACAAAGUUCAGCAUCCAUUUUUGCUAGUUAUUGCACACUUAUUUGUUUGAUAGUAAACUAGAAGGAAUUCUAUUGAAAUUGUGUAAUUAUGGAAUUCAGAACAGCAGUAGUGCUGAAAAUACAUUGAUUUAAUUAGCACGUGAAUGUAAUAGAAUAUAUUUACAGCAAUUGAAACAUCCCAAAUCACUCCUUCCAUUUUGCAAUGUUUGUCUGGUCUGUUUAUGUAUUUGAUUGUCUAUGAUGAAAGCAUGUAAAGUAAAAUUUGUACUCAUCCGAUUAAUCAAUGGUAAAUUUAUCCAACAACAAGAAUGUUAUGAUUUCGUACAAACAUUAUGGAAUGGAGGUAAAUUAAUCCCCAGGCUAUUUGCAUUAAUGGCCUUGAUCGUGCUGAUGUGCUGAUUAUCACAAACAAAUUCAUGUCUCUCAAGAUCUUCCUAUACUCCUACAGGGAUAUUUAGAUUUGAUUUGAAGAUUUCAAGAUGAAAGAUUUUGUGUUGCAGAACUGUUGCUUUGUUAAAGCGGUUGCCCAGCAAACAGGAUAUUUUGAUAAUUGCAGUCGCGUGCCUCCAGAAAGAUGACACCAACAAACUAUUGACUUAGCAGAAUGUGAUGAUUCAGGAGUCGCAAAACGUAAAAAGAUCAGUACAUGUACACAAUAAUUGUAACACUAGUGUAAGUGUACAACUUGAACCCUGCAGCCUGUACUGGCUGCCCAGUUGCUUAUACAACUGUAUGUAUCUUGGGGCAUGUAACAUACAAAGCUACAACUACAACCAUGUUCAUCAACA